GGACCCCCACACAUGUCAGAGCACAAUGCCCUUCCACUCAUGCACAUAACUCCUCUUGACAACAUCCUCUGACCUCCCCAGGAAACUCUUCCCUUUUUAUAUUUCUCAAGGAUCCAACAUGAAGCCCAAAUCUCUGCACAGACUAUUGGACAGGAAUUCAGCAUCAGCUGAGGCUUUCGGUCGGGCAGUGAAAUACAAACAGCACGUCGACUGUGAAGAAACGGGCGAAGACGGAGAGGAAACGCAGAAGCAGAGGGAAACGCCAUUUGCUUUUCAGCAGGAGAAGUAUGAGCCGUUAAUGGAUGAUGAUGCCAAGGAGGAGAGGAAGAAAAAGAAGAAGGAAAACUACAAAAAAGUGAAGAAGAAUGUUGGAAAAGCUCUUCGCAUCACCUGGAAGUGUUUUAUGCUCGGUCUCUACAAUUUUGCCCUUGGUUAUGCUGCUCCCGUCACAGUGACUGCUGCUUUUGGGACGGACUCUAAGCCCGGGAGAAACAGAACCUGAGCAGGAAUCUUCUCCUGAUUGUUUUGAAGCUGCUGUAUAAGUUAUAUAAUUUUCCUGCAGAAGCUGACCAAAGACUUUGCUCUUUCUAUGUUUUUGCUUUCAAUAUGUAUACGUUGAUUUUUGUCUAUGUUUAGUCUUUCUGUUUCAUACAAGAAUUUCUAUUAAAAGUCAUCAUACAAUUUAUUAUAAAAAUUACAUUGUUUUUUCUAUGAAUGUUGAAAGUUACUCAGUUGGAAUUUGAAUGUGUACUGAUGAAAACUGCAUGUUUAAAGGGAAUUUGACUGUUUUUAAUGGAUUUUUAGACAAAGAUUGAAAAAUGUAAAAUUAUUUUAAAGGAAUAUUGGGCUGUGGUUCUUUGCUGGGACAAGAUUUAUGAAAUCGAAUGAACAAAUCUUUAUUUUUGUAUUGUUAUAGUUAUGACUCAUGAAAUAAAAAAGUUCCAAAAACA